GUCCCAAGGAUUGAACAAUAAAGUUGGAGCAUGCACAAAGCUUUACUAUGAGCCAAGAACAGCCCACCAACUUCAGCAAUCAAAACAAUGCAGCAGCACUCAAACAAGCACCCCAGUGCUGAAACAUUGCCUAGCCAGCACUACAGCGCCAUGGGCAGCGCAACAGCGUGCUCCUGUUGCCCAGAUUGUAGUCCACAGCAGAAAAACCAGCGCCCCCAAACCAACGCAGCUGCAUUGA